CACUAACAGCAUGUUAAAUAUUUUAAGGUUAUGUUUUCUCUGGUAUUUAAAUUUGAACUUUUAGUUUUGAAAACUUAGCCAUGCAACUGCCUACUCACCAUUCACCUUUUAAUUUAAAAGAGGUGCAAAAUAUUCUUACAACAGAAAAUAAAUUUAUAACAGAUUUGCUAGGUAUUCUUCCAUUUCCCAAUACGAAACAACAAUCCGAUGACGAAGACGAAUCAUUAUUUGUGGAGAACGAGGGUAAUGAAACGAAUAAUGACGACGAGCAGUAUCCCAACCGAAAGAUGAAAAGUCGCGCAAAAUCUUUGGUGGAGUUGCAGUCUCGGUUACAGCAGAUGUCUCAGAAGAAAAACUUAUCGUAUAAAGAACGACUUUUGAAGAAAACUAUUAAAUCAAAGAUAAAGAAAAAAGGUAAACAAGAUCAGAGGAAUGUCAAGGUAAAAAUGGAACGUGUAAAAAAAGAAGUAAAGCAAGAAACCGACCCCAAUGAUCAAUCAAGUUCUGUAAAGACAACGACUGCAACCGCGAACAGUGACAACGAGAAAAUGGUUUUUUCAAAGUUCGAUUUGUCGGGGAUUGGGAAACAGAAGUCGAAAAAGACAAAGCAAGAUCCACAAACAAUUCUAGAAAAUCUAAAGAAAAGGAAAGAGGAAGUGAAAAUGUUACAAGAGACUGGUGAUAUCAGUAAGGCAGUUCAGAUAAAUGAAAAGGUGUCGUGGAAAAAUGCAUUUGCAAAAGUCGACGGUGUUAAAGUUAAAGAUGACGAACACCUACUAUCGAAAUCGAUUAAAAAGCGGGAUCAACAGAAGAAGCAAAGUAAGAAAAAGUGGGAAGAUCGUAAGGCGAACGUAAAAAAGUUGCAAGAUGAUAGACAGAAGAAACGACAGGCGAAUAUUGAUAAAAGGAAACAGGACAAAAAGACGAAACAGUUCAAACGCGGAGUGAAAAAAGGGAAAAUUAUUCCUGGAUUUUAAUAAAUUUAUAUGUUAUGCAGUCUGAUUUUCUUAUUAAAAGGAAUGUUGAUAACUUUUCCAAA